AUGAAGAUUUUUCAAUUUUCUCCACAUGCCAGUGUUAUUGCUAUUCUAGCAACUCUUGUUGAGCUUGCAUUUGCCAAUGACUUUCAUCUCGACUGUAGCUCAAAUGUGAAUGGCAACGGCAGCAAGUCAAAGCCUUUCAAUUCACUUCAAGUCAUCAAUCAACUUAUCCUCCGCACUGGAGAUGUCUUGAAGAUUAAAUCUGGGACAACAUGCGUGGGGACCUUGUCACCACAGGGCAGUGGCACGCAGAAAACUCCCAUUAUAUUGACCAGCUAUGGACACGGCCCCCUACCCACCAUUAAUGGUUCUAGUGCGGCAGAGGCUAUUAGCCUGCACAACCAGGACUACUGGGACAUUUCGAAAAUAGCAGUUGUCAACCCCGCCUCUUCGAUUGCUUGGCGACGAGGUAUCGCUGCGACCUCCGAUGAUGGUACCGUCCAUCGUGGCCUCUAUAUACAUGAUGUGGCGGUUUACGAUGUCGCCGGUGAAACAAACAAAGCAACUCAGUCUGCCGCAUUUAUCGCCUCCGCUGGUAUUAUCAUCAAUGGAACGGAGAAUGCUAGCCGCUACGAUGAUGUUCAAAUCUACCGCAAUACAAUCUACAAUUGCGGUGGCGGUGGUAUCAAAGUUCGUAUUGGUCAAAUGGACAAUCAUGGCGUGGGGACACAUGUUUGGGACAACAACAUUUCCUAUGUCGGUGGUGACGGAAUUGUUGUUUCUUAUGGUGGUGCACCCCUGAUCGAGAACAAUGUCGCUGGCUUCCUCGGUCACGGAAAGUACCCAUGGACAGGCGGCAACUUUGCCGGAAUCUGGGUGCUGGGAUGUCAGGACGCGGUCAUGCGUUUCAAUGUUGUCCAUGACUCUCUCAUGUCAGAUAUUGACAGCGAAGCAUUUGAUUGCGACUGGGGUAAUGUGGGCACAUGUACUGUUGAAUACAACUACAGCCAUGACAAUGCAGGUGGAAUAUUUCUGAAUUGUGAUGGCUGCGGUACCUCCGGCGGUGCUAGGCAGAUUGUCCGAUACAAUGUCUUCCAGAAUGACUGCCGGAUGUACAGCAACGGAGAUAAUGUCCAGCUAGACUUCUACAACAAUGUUGUUUAUUGUCCUGAAAAGGACUUUGAGAUUGCUGUGCCGCCACAUACGAACUUGUCAAACAAUAUAUGGGUUGGGACAGCAAACUCGACAUUACCUAGAGGAUAUGACAUUGAGUGGCAUGACAAUCUGUUUCAAACGGUGCCGAUGCCAGGAGAUACUGCUGGCAGCUCAGGAAAUCCCCAAUUCACUAAUCCGGGUACUGGAAAGAACAGCCUUGCUUCAGCGAAUGGCUACAAGCUGCGCUCCGGCAGUUCUGCCCUGCACCUUGGGGCCUUGAUUACUGAUAAUGGAGGGCGCGACUUCUGGAAUAAUAAGGUGUCAUCAAAGGAGCGGCCGAAUAUUGGUGCGUACAACGCAAGGGGUCUAUGA